AUGAAAAACUACGAAUACCCUCGAGUCCGUCCUCCCACCUCUCUGCUCCCCCCUCAGCAGCCAGUCGACAAUCGGUUUUCGUGGAUGACCACGUCCGCAGACGAGGAAGAUCGCGUGGGAGCAAGAAGAGAGACAACCCCUCCUCCUCCAAUGCCAGCACUGCCGCAAGGUGUUGCACAACAAGUCCCUCCGCAGACACAGGCCCCGGUGCCAGCCAUGGAACGACAGGUUUACGCUUGCGGUGUGGUUCCCUAUCAGAUGCACAACCCGGCGGUUGUACAACAGCAGCAGCAGUACAUGCAAGCGGCGCAACAACCUGGCGCUUACGUCUCGCCGCCAUAUCCCACCCAGGUACCUAUACUACAACAACAACCUCAAAUGCCUCCUUCACCACCUCCUUCAGAGCCUGCAAAGCAACCGCCCAUACCCGAAAACGAACCCACGAGGCCUAUUGUGCCAGACACGAACCCUUUGACACCAACGACGCCCAAACCACCGAACCGAGCUAGCACCAACAUGGCCAUUGUGCCGCCUCCAGCCGAUCCCUCUCAAUUUUCUGCCCACGUAUUUACGCCGAGUCCACAGUCCAUCAAGGGCGGCUCGUGGCAGCAUAGCUUUUGUUCUUGCGCCGAGCCUUCGACCUGCAUCACCGGACUGGUCUGCCCAUGCAUUGUGUAUGGGAAGACGCAAUAUCGGUUAGGGCUGAGGGAUGAAAGAAAAGAUCCGACGAACAUGCUGGGAUACACGGCAGUCAACGGGUCUUGCGUUGCAUUUGGCCUUUUAUGUGGAGUGAACGGCAUCUUGGCCGCGAUUCAGCAUACGCGGGUGCGGAAGACGUACAACAUGAACAAGGACUCCGGGAACGUCGCGGGGGACUGUCUCAAGGGCAUUUGUUGUUGUUGCUGUGUCGUCGCACAGGAUGAGAAGGAGGUCAGAUUUCGAGAAGAGCAGGCCAGGAAACCUGCUGGGUCUGGCGCAAAGAGAGAAGGCUAUGUGGCGCCCACGACUAUGACCUUCAACCCUCCGCCUCAGUCGAGAUGA